GUGCCAUUAGUGCAGGAAAUCAAGAGGUAACCACAGUGAUGAUUGCAGUGAUGACAUAACAUUCUCCAACCUCGUUCUCUUUUUUACUAUAAUAUCCUCAUUCCGAGCUCUACGGUUCCCACUAUUAGCCGUACGGGAGAAUACAGGUUACCGUGACUAUAAUGAUAACGACGAUGAUAAUGAUAAUGAUGACACGUUGAUAAUCGGAAUAUUACGCGCACAGGUGACGCAGGACAGGUUGGCGAGUCUUGCAGUGCACGAGGCGAGGCGAUAAAACUCGUGAAAAUAUGAUAAGUUAGCAUGACGAAUAUAACACAGAGAGAAUCAGAGUAUUUAGAGCACAGGUGACGCAGGACAGGUUAAAUGGCGCCUGCAGUGCGUGAGACGAGGCGAAGAGCGAGGCGAAGCAACAAGAUCCGUGACCAGACUUGAAUCUCUGAUCCGUCCGCCUGAAUCUCGCGACCAUAACACGGAAGUAAAAGGAGAGCAGGCGAUAAAAUGCAUUACUGUACAUUUCUGGGAGGAUGGAGCAGGAGGAGGAACAGGAGGAGGUGCAGGAGGAGGAGGAAGAGGAGGAGCUGCCGUAAAGAGGUCAGCGGUUGAGUGCGAGCGAGGAAACGUGGUGUCAGUGUGUGCUGGGCUGAGCAGGUGGUAUCAGCGGCUCACUCAACGCGGCGUCUCUGCUUUGCGACAACUGUGAUUCGUGACGCGUGGUGGUUGUGCGAGAGAAAAAAAAAAAAAAAAACAGAGAGAGAUAAGAAGGAAAUAAUUAAUCUAUCUAAGUGUCAGUGAUGCGGUGACACUGAAACCCAAUCAACCAGUCAGUCAGUCAUUCAGUCGUGUGUGUUUAAAGAUGACGUGCUUAACUAAUCUACGGUGAGGACUGAUUCCCCAUACAUGGUUCGGUUUGAUUGACGCCCUUAAUGAGCGGCAAUGCUUCUUAGUGACGCCCACAGCAGUAGUGGUAGUGGUGGUAUUGGUGAUGGAUCGCGGAGCCGCCCCCAGCACCGCCACCCCUUGCUGCACGUCUGCUUCCUGGCGUGGCUGUGGUCUUCUCUUGUCCUGGCGGCGUCUGAUUGGUCCUCUCCUGAAGGUGAAAGGUUACCUGAGAUUUCCCCGAGUGACUAUGUGGCUUGGAAACACUCACAUCGCUUGCACAGUGAAAAAGAUACUCAAACUUCCAUGGACAGUAAAAACAGUACUCUGAGCAAUAUAUCAAAUCCCUCACGUGAUGAACAAUACAGUAAACACAAUACGCACAACAGCACACAUACAUACAACUUACUGAACCACACAUCACACAUUGACAUAAAACCCAAACACCUCACCAACACCAGCAUAUAUAAACCCGUUGAAAAGACGAAGUAUCAUCCACACUACCAAUCCUUAACUCUCCGUCACGGUUACUUGCCCAAGACGAGCGUAAACACAACAGGGACUCUUUCCACCCGCUCCUCAUUAGCAGAAGGUUGGCGCAGUGUCCUGGAGAGGCAAGACCCGCUAGGCACCUCAGGACCUAGCAAGAUAGGUACCGUUGCGGCGCCUCUAGGGCUCGUAACAGAUUCUGGGGCACGUGGAACCCGAACCCGCCGCUGGCCUUUAACGGGAGAGGAUAACGGCAGAACACAGAAUGGCUCUACGUGGCCCUUACACCCUGGCUCUAGCGCUACAGUACCUUUAUCUCUCUCUCCUUCAGUAAAGUCCCCAGAUUCAAAGGCAAGGGAGUUGAAUCCUCUACGUAUCAGCACUACCAGCCACGCCAAGCCCUCAGCACUGCGCUACACCCCGCUAGCUCACCCACACCACCGUAAUGUGUCAUAUGCACCACGUCCCCCGCAACGCCACACCCCGCCACGCCUCAACACGUCAAGUUACACCCAUGCUGCUGCCUCGCCACGCCCUCUAUAUGACUUCAGCAGUACAUCACGUCCGCAUCAUAUCUAUACUACAUCACUACCUCUUAAUGUCCAUACGACUACCGUGUCUCACUAUACCACCUCACCACCCAUCCAUAACACUAGUACCACACCACAUCGUCACUACAACACCCCACUACACACUCAUAACACGAACACCACACUAUACCCUCACAACAUCACACCAUACCUUCACAACACCUACACCAAAGCCACAUCACAUCACACCAACACCACGUCACACCACACCUCCUCACCACACGCUCACAACACCACCCCACACCUCAACACCCACACCAAAGCUACACCAGUUAACCCAGAGGACUUACUACUCAGCAACUCCCCGUCCCGCCGCCCAUCCUCCCCCAUGCGCCCUGCCAAGCCUGACCCCUCACACAACCUCGCAGGGCAUCGGGUUCCUGAAGUACACGAAGGCGACGCAGUAUCUUCAGGAUUCCUUCCUUAUCGUGGUGGUGGUGGUGGUGGUGGUGGUGGUAGUGGUUCCAGCCAUCAGUACCCGACUCCCGCCCCCUCCCAUGCCAGCAUCCAAGCCAGCAAGACCCCCGUUGUGCCUGCCAGCCUGCUUGUGACCUUGGCGGACCACUCCUACCUGCAGCAGGAACAGCAGCGCAAACAGCACCAACAGAAGCAACAACAGAAGCACCAGCGGACACAGCAACGGCCUCACCAGCAGCAGAGGCACCAACAGAAACAACACCAAGAAAAAGAACAACAACAGCAACGGGAACAAAAAGAGCAGGAACAGGAGAAGGAGAGGGAGGAGGAGGAGAAACAGCCGAGACAACAUCCAACUUCCAAGCCCCCUGUUCAAUAUGCACCCCUCCCACGCCCUCCAGCCUACCACUUCCCCAGCCUCCUGCCAAUCCCUCACCCUCCCGGACACUUCCCCGCCCGUUCCCCGCUCCCACACGCGACAGAUGCACCUCACUUAAGCGCAGCCAAUAUUACUUGUCAUUCUGAAGGUUGCUUAGAAGAGAACAUGAGGCCAGAGUUGUUGGAUAAUAUGGAUAAGAGUACAUUAUAUUGGCCAGGUCCUUUUCCUUACCCUGAGUCUUCGCCCUUAUCUUCACUACCUUUACCACAUAUACCAAGCGUCUCACCUACUCCAGGCCCCCCAUCAGUGCCUUCACCCCUCACACCUGCCGCCAAGGACCUCCUUCAGAUACUACGUCAGGUGUUCGGUCCCCUUCCUAAAACACGUGUCCCUCCGUCAGCAUCCAGCAGUCUGACGGGGCAGUUUGACUCCCAGGGAGCAGCCAGACCACUCAUAGCCCAGCACCUCCCCUUGGUCAGUCCUCAGGGUCACUACCCCGGAGAGAACCACAUGGGCCAUCACAAUACUCCCUCAGGAGCCGCGUCUUCACCCUGGGAUGAUUACUACACAUUCCAGCUCAAUCCCAUCAGGAGAAUAAGCCCCGGGGGGAGUACAGACGCUGCUCAUGUACUGAGACUCCAAGGUGGGACGGGGCAAGGGGUAGGACACGGGGUGGGACACGGUGGAGGCUACGGGGCGGGGUACGGGGUAUCACCAGGGGUGCCAGCUUAUCCCUCCCCGCUGGCCCUUGCUACCUUGCUUAACCUGAAGGCUUUGAGUAACCCAACCGGAUCUCCACAACCUACACCAAGCCGUCUGUACCGCCAGGACCGCCAGCAGCCUGAAGAAGAACCAGAACAAGCACUACCACAACCAGAACAAAGAGAGGAACCAGACUCACCACAACCAGAACAACAAUUACAGCAGGAACUGGAGCGCCGCCAGACAAUGCGUCGUAUGAUAACAGCUGCAGGGUUUGUCCUUCCAGUUACCACGGCCCUUCUUGGAGCUCUCGGCGCCCCUGUGGCUCUCAUGGCCCCCCUAGGACUGGCCAUCCCCGCCCUACUCUCCACUCGUUUCCUGGACAUAAGUGGUCGCUCAACGGGGCUCGGGAGUGGCUGGCGGCUGGGUCCCUCUUACGGCGGGAUGCAGGGACAGGAAGGUUGGGAGGCUGAGGAAUCACCGGGAGGAGACAGAGAAGCAGUAGCCGCCCUCUCGCACAACGUGUCUGGCAGGGAAGUGACGGGGAGGCGCCGCAGGGACGUAACAGAAGGAACUAGUGGCGUGCCCCGCGACUCACGCAACACGACAGAGACAUCACAAACUCCCCAGCAGGACGAGGAGGCGUCACUCAAGGGGCUAACACGACGGGAACAGGACAACACCUCGUCCCUUCUGCUGCUACUACCGGAGGAGCUGGAGGUCCUGGACAGCCUGACGCAGUACUACCAGAGCCUCAGCAUCCUGGACCACGAUGGACCUACGCUGGAAGAGAUCACCGCGCACCGCCUCUUCCUUCUGUCCCUCCUGCAGAAGCUGACGGCGGGGAAAACUAAAGAAAACUCCCUUGGAAGGACACCCACCACCACCACCACCACCACUAGUAACAAGAACACAACACUCCCGCCACUCCAGCCUAACACUCCAGUAGAAGGAAGAGCAGACACCACGCCCUUCCCUACUCCCUCCCCGCGUCCUAACUUACAGAACAAAGCUAUCAACUCCUCCCGUGCUCCUGAAGGCGUGGCAGAAGGUGACAAGGCCUCUGGUGUCGACGGGACGAGAGAAGGUAGCGCUUCUUCCCUUCAGGUCACCAGCAGCAGGACAAGGACGCCCUUGCCCGCCCUCAUGCCUGCUAGAGUGACACCGGAUGAUGAUUUGAUGAUCAGGAAGGGUGACAUCACUGCUCUGAUUCCCUCUCACUGGCCGCCGCCCCUCUCAUCCACGCAGCAUCCACCGCCGCUGCCACAGUCUCCCCAGCUGACACAGCUCAUCCACAGCCUUGCCGAGGGGGAUUUUGAAGGCCACAGCAGGAGUUCCCAGACGCCUUCACCCUUCCCAGACGUACCUCCCGUCCCUGUCAGACCCGCAACCCCACAGGUACCUGCCUCACCAUUGCACCAAGCAACUGCAAGCCUCCCUUCAGCGCUUCCUACACGCAGGCCCAUCAACACAGCGCUGGUCGCCGAGUAUUUGGCCCUUAUGGAGACCUUUACGACGCUAAGGGAACUGAACGCCUUGAGGAAUUCGACGAUAGCCAUAAACGAGGUACACAUUCAGCAUCCCCCACUCGUACCGUCUCAGGGUGAACCUGUACCUUCGCCAGAUCUCUAUUUCCUGAACACUGCCGCCGAGGACGCGUCAAAGGUGGCCCCUAAGGUCGCUGAGGCCAUCACGGAUCUCAUAACGGCCAUAGGCGACGCGAUCUCAUCCUUCAUUGAGGCCAUAGCGGAGGCCAUCAGCACCUUCCUGCAGAACCUCGCCGCGGCCAUUGAGGAGAAACCCGCCGUCCUGCUCCUCGGUAUUGUUCCCUUGUUCCUCCUCCUGCUCCACCUCUUCACCUCUAAACAUAGCUACGGUUUUAGUCACAUGUCGGGAGGAGGCUACGGUCACAGCUCUGGCUACAGUGGAAGGUCAGUAUUUUUCUCCUCGCCUUCCUCCGCCGCCCUCCUCCUCGACGUGCCCACUGCGGAGGCCUUAGCGGCAUAUAUCCUAGCUUUAGUGCAGGACUUCGAGGCACGUUUUGGGUCUAGUCUUCCCCUAGAACCUCAGGAGUUUGCUGUUCAUGUUCAAGAAUCCGAUGCUGACCUUCAGAAACCUUUUGGUCAAUCUGAAGAGUCCACUGAUCCCUACAAAUCUGUCCACCCUAAAAAAUCCGCUUCCAGUCAUCAGGAAUCUGGUUCUUCAUGAAACUCAUUCUUUUAAAAAAUCUGGUUCAUUUUCAAAAAAAUCUGGCUACUAUCUUCAAAUACCCUCGGUAAUCUUCAGAAUUCUGCCAGUCAUUGACAAGCAGCUGCCAAUCUUCAGAAAUUUACUUCAUCUUAAAAAAAAUCACUACCGGUCUCCAGAAAUAUGCCCACUUCUUUAAUCAAAGAACCCCUUGCUCAUAUUCAGAAUUCUGUCUAUCAUCCUGAAAAAAAAAAAAACUACUAAUCUUCAGAAAUCUCGUUAAUCUUGAAAAGUCCGCUGCCAACUUCAGAACUCUGGUGAUGACGGGAGAGAGAAAGAGAGAGGCGAUCCCCUUCUGCCAAUUCAGGUGAGAUGAUGUAGUUAGACCCCAUGUAGGCUUUCCCUCGAGGUCUUCAUUAUACGCAGCGCCUCACUAUUGUGUCUCGUGAUGCCGUACAUGUUGUAAUGUGACGGACAGCAGUGCGUGUUAGUGUGUCUUACCAUGACGGGUCUGUUACUGUACACUGAUUCCUCGGGACUUGAAAUGGAGGACAGGAAUGCUAUGUGUGUGUGUGUGUGUGUGUGUG